AGCGUGCAGCAGUGAGAUCACAUUCUGACAGUAUCCUGAUGAUGUGUGAGUUGUUCCCAAGUCUAAGGUUAUGUUUUUGAGGAAGGCUGCGAGUUAGAGCAGAUAUUUUCGGAGGUGGUGCACACUUGCAAACAGAUAAUCGAAUUUCUUCAACAUGAAACAACGUGCAAGUGUCCUUUAUUACGAUCGCCCCAGUUCACACCAAAACAAGACAUGGACCCGCAUGAACAUUUCGGGACUUUUGACUGAUGAUCAACUUCUUCGAAUGGAAUUUGCAUUUGGCACCGUUGAAAUAACCGACUCAGGAUGUCCAAGGCAGAAGCCGAGCAGCUCAGGAGGAGCGACGGGUUCGGGGACGGUCAACUGUUCCAGCCAUCUGGAAAAGUGCGGAGAGAGCGAGCAGCUCCGGCGAUGUAAGUCCGACGAUUCGGGUUCCGAAGACAGUUCGGCUAAAAAGAAACAGCGGAGGCAGAGGACCCACUUCACCAGCCAACAGCUGCAGGAACUGGAAGCGACUUUCCAGAGGAACCGCUACCCAGACAUGUCCACCCGGGAGGAAAUAGCGGUGUGGACAAACCUCACCGAGGCCAGGAUCAGGGUGUGGUUCAAAAAUCGCAGGGCGAAGUGGAGGAAACGGGAACGCCACCAGCAAGCAGAGCUCUGCAAGGGAGGUUUUGGAGCGCCCUUCAAUGGCCUUGUGCAGCCCUAUGAGGACGUGUACUCCGGCUAUUCGUACAAUAACUGGGCCACGAAAGGACUCGCCACCACCCCCAUCUCGGCCAAGAGUUUCUCUUUCUUCAAUUCCAUGAACGUCAACUCUCUAUCGUCGCAAGGCAUGUUCUCGACACCCAGCUCACUGCCUUCAAUGACUAUGGUCCCAUCCGCUUUACCGGGCUCAAGCUUGAAUAAUUUGAACAGCCUGGGCAGCCCUUCGCUGAAUUCGGCGGUGUCUGGCACUCCCUGCCCUUACGGGUCUAGCUCCAGCCCGUACGUGUACCGGGACAACUGCAACACCAGCUUGGCCAGCCUCAGACUUAGAGCCAAGCAUCACUCUUCUACCUUCAGCUACGGGCCCAUGCAGAACCCAGCUUCCAACCUCAGUCCCUGUCAAUAUGCGGUGGAUCGGCCGGUAUAAAAUGGACUUGAUACCUGUAUACGCCGCUUGAAGGCGAACAA